AUGGCGGAUAUCAGCGCAGAGUUGACGUCGGAACUGACAAGGAUCAUCGAGUGUCCAUACCCCCCUUCGCUAUCCAACCUAUCCGAUCUUUUGGCGCGCGUCGACGUACCGACUAUCCGAUCAUGCGUCCAAGACCGGUCACCUUGCGCGGUGAGGAAACUAGGCAGGAUUGUCCACGAUGCACUGUCCCUGAACGCAUACACGCUUCGUGUGCUGCACCUAUUGUGUCAUGCGCCAGAAUUUCGAGAUGAGCUACUGGUCCUGGAGCCGUCCCUACUCCCUUCUCUGUUGAAGAGGGCAAAUUCAUCAAAGUCCGAAUUCGAACAUCUUGCCGAGCUAUGCGUGCUUCUUCUUUCUCGCCCACUGCCCGAGGCAAUACCAUUACCCGCCGUAGCACAAAACUUCUUUCUUAAUGUCUUCGAAAACGCCACACAGCAACCAAACUACGAGAUCCUGAAGUCAGUGUACCGUAUGCUCAACGGUGCAUGUCGACGACUUUACAGCCUUCUUCCCAGAGAUCUGAGGCAGCGGUUCGACACAGAGUUGUGCAAUAUACUCAGAUCCCCGAAAGUCGCCGAUUCCUCUUUGCUGUUUUUAUGGGCAGAAGGUAUAGUGCUCAUCACGGAACAUCCCGAGGGAGUCGACGGACUGCAAAAUCUGCCUGCUGACGAGGAGCCGACAUCCACCGAAAGGCUAAGACAACAUUGGGCAACACCUUCAGGCCAAAAGCUGUUCGGCUCGACAAGCUACUUAUACAAGACUAUUGAGCUCACUUGUUUGAACGUAGUGUGGAUUCUUCGAGGCGGAAUCAAGGAAAAUGAAGCAAUCGAAGGCCUACGUAUUGCCUCGAGGGCUAUGCAAUUCAUUGGCCAAGACGUGAAGGACAAUUGGCCUCAAGUUCAGAAGAAGUAUGCCAUGCUGUACGAAAAGUGCGCCUCCAAAAUCCAAAACUCCAAUGCGAGUCUAUCCGUCCAAUUAGAGGCCCUGUCAUUCUUUGGCAUACUUUCAAGUUCUCGGAGCUUGCCGCAAGGUAUCGUCGGACGCUACGAGGCAUGCAUAUUGGAAGCUCCUCGCGUGGCAGAGCCUGAAGGCUUUGCCGAGCUUCUUGCAGUCUCACUGCCAAUCUACGCAGUGCAGAUGCAGGAAAGCACCGUCGUGGCACUCUUAUCAGGCAUUUUAUCAGCAUGUGCUUCGCAGCCUGACUCCCGCGAAACUUCCAACUCCAUCGACACCAUCGAUGAGCUGGCUACAGCCGCGAUGGCGACUGUUGCUUUACGAACCACUGUGCUGCGCGCACUGUCAUCGAGGGCCUUGCAAGAGAAAAUCCAGAACCUCAUUCGCGCUGGUGUGACGAAAGAAGGCCCCGGCUGCUGUACACAUGCUGCAUUAUUACGUCGGCAAUUGAUCGCUGCCACAAUCGCUUCAUUACUUACCAUUGUUCUUAUGGCACAACCGGGAGAGUCGACGAUACCGCAUACCCUCGUGGCUGCGCUUAUCAAGAAACAGCGAGACCUUCCCCCCGCGCUAGAUACUUGCUCACACUCGUCGAAAAGCCCCACUCAGCCUUCAAUCUCCCUCUUCCAAGAAGCGAGCACGCAGUACACGGGCCAGCAUCUCCAGGAUUGGCGCAAACGCCUCGAAUUGGAGCUACAAAGCCAGAACAAACAUCAGCGAGAUGCCGUUGUGCGCUCUAUGGCACAAAUAUGCAGUGAUCUCGAGACACGUUGCAAUACAGUCGAAGAGCCGCUAAGGGUGGAGACAGAGAAGUCCGUCAAACUCCAGGAACAGAUCGCUCACCUAAACGAAAAGAUCUCCCUUCUCAAUGAGCAAAACGAUUUUCUACACAAGGAUAGAGAAGAAUCCGUGGAAUACGUGGAGGGUUUGGAGAAGGAACUGCAGGACUCCAUAGACGAGCAAAAGCGUCUGGAGCAAGAGAAGUCCGACUUGUUGGAAGAGAAGGGUCGAACAUGCCUCAAGGUACAAGAACUAGAGACGUCCCUGGAAGCUUCUGAGCGGAAUGCGUCCGAGGCUCUGGAGGCCGCUCACGAAAGGACUAGCGCAAAAGAGCAUGAACUCUGCUCGACGAUAAGCCAGUACGAGGAGGACAAGCGCGUCCGCGAUGAACAAUUUGAGGAGCUGCACGGUACGAUUCAACAGCUAAGAGCAUCUCAAGUGCAGCACGAGGGUGAAUAUCGCAGCCUCACUAUACAGUUUGAGGAGCAGCAGAGACGCGGCUGUGAAGCAGAGGACGCACUUGAACGGGAGCGGGCGAACGCUGCCCGCCAAGCCGACGAGAUCGCACAACUCGAGACGCAAGCGUCAGAAUACCGGCAAGACUUGGAAGGGAAGGAAGCGGAACUGGAGGAUGCCAUUCGACAGCUUCAUAUCGCGCGAACCAGUCACCAGGAGUUCAAAGAGUCAUCGGCUGAAACGAUGAGAGAGCUCGCGGCGAAGCAGGCUAACGAACUGGAGGCUAUCACCACUAAGGCUGAAGAGCGAUGCGAGACGCUCGAAUCGCGACUGCUAGAUGCUCAGCGCAACGCUCAAGAGGAACAACGUGAUCACGCGAAGACGCGUAACAAUCUUCAGCGUCUUCAAGCAUCAAUACCACCACUAGAAGCGAGGAUCCAAGAGCUCGAGGAGUUUUGCAGAGAACAAGAAGAAGAACUUGAAGAAUUCAGGACGGCUCGCAAAAUGAUGGCGAUGCAUCUGCUGCCCGCUCGGCCAGCCUCACGGACCUACAAGGAGAUUGCUCAGCCUCAAACGACAAGAGAGCCGCGAACUCACCGACGACGUAAGUCGGCCAUUAACACCCAAGAGGAUGAAUCAGUCGCCACGGUGAAUGUCCAAGCAUUACCUAGCAGAGCUCUGGGAAACUCUACAAAUGCGUCCUUCGCCUCAUCAGCAGAUUCGAAUUCGUCCCAGGGUAACAACGGGCCAGCACCAAAGCGUGCGAAGCCAAGACCAGCUUUCAAGGUGCCAACGAUGCAAACGCCAAAUAUGCAGAAGCCCAACAUCGUGCCCAAGUCACUCUCACACUCACAUCAGCUGUCGCCGACGAAGCGUUCAGCCCUGAGACCAGUCUCGCCGAACCGCCGCCACACGACUGUCGGGUUCACAUUGCCAGGUAGCGAGGAAGAAGACGGCGCAACUGAGAUUGAAUCAGUGAGGAAACGUAGAGGCAGCCUUCAAGACAUUGAGCAAGUAGAUUUUGACAUCGACGAUGAUUUCACGACUGGCACACCACUUACCCCGGGCUUUAUGUCUGGCACUGGCCGGAUUCCGGACGAAGGCGACGAGACCAUGACUGAGUUGUGA